GGCGACCGUCGUCCGGCGUCUGUUGUGUCCGCGAGUCCUGCCGGAGAAGGAGCAGACCCAGCAUGGCCCUCGUGCUGUCGUGGUGGCUGGCGGAGCUGGUGGUGGCGCUGUCGGCGGCGACGCUGGCGCUCUACAUGUGGUUCCAGAGGGGCUACCGCCACUGGAGGAAGAAGGGCGUGCGCUACCUGGAGCCGACCUUUCCCUUCGGGAACUUUGCCCAGGCCGUCCUUGGGCAAAAGAGCUACGGACACGUGGCGCAAGAUAUGUAUAACGAAACUAAAGGUGAGCGCUUCGUGGGGCUGUACUCGGUGGGGCGGCCGGUGCUGCUGGUGCGCGACCCCGACCUGGUGCGGCGCGUGCUGGUGCGCGACUUCGGCGCCUUCCGCGACCGCGGCGUCUACCUGGACGACGAGGAGCCGGUCAACCGGCAGCUGUUCUUCCUGCGCGGCGCCGAGUGGCGAGCGCGCCGAGCCAAGCUGACGCCCGCCUUCACGUCGGGCAAGCUGCGCUUCAUGUUCCAGACGAUCGCGGACUGCGGCCGCGAGCUGUCGGCGGUGGUGGAGCAGCUGGCGGCGGGCGGCGGCCCCACAGAGGUGCGCGACCUGGUGGCGCGCUUCACCACCGACGUCAUCGUCUCCGUCGGCUUCGGCGUCGAGUCCGAUAGCCAGCGCAACCCGGACGCCGUCUUCCGCAACUGGGGGAAGAAGGUGUUCGCGCCGGGGCUCAAGACCAGCUUCGGCUUCCGUCUGCUCUUCCUCAGUCCCAAGAUGUCAGAGUUGCUUAGGGUCAAGUGUGGCUUCAGUGACGUCAGCAGCUUCUUUCGGAAGAUGAUUGCGGAUACUGUAGCCUACCGAGAGGAGAACAACGUCAUGAGGAAGGAUUACAUGCAGCUCCUGAUACAACUCAAGAAUAAAGGAUUCCUUGAUGGGGACAAGGCGCAGAACGGGAACAAAGCGGAAAACAUAAAGCUGACGAUGGACGACCUGGCGGCGGAGUCGUUUGCCUUCUUCAUCGCGGGCUUCGAGACGUCGACGACGACGAUGAGCUGCGCGCUGCUGGAGCUCGCCCUCAACCCCGACGUCCAGCAGCGGCUCCAGAGCGAGAUCGACGCCGUGCUGGAGCGCCACGGCGGCGACGCCUCGUACGACGCCAUCGCCCAGAUGCCCUACCUGGACCAGGUGCUCGCUGAGACGCUGAGGAAGUACCCACCACUGCCCAUUCUGAACCGUGACUGCAUGGAAGAUUACAAGAUACCGGACAGCGACGUCGUCAUCGAGAAAGGAACGGGAAUCAUUAUCAGUCUACUGGGGCUCCACUACGACCCAGAGGUGUUCCCAGAUCCUGAGCGCUUCGACCCAGAGAGGUUUUCGGAGGAGGAAAAGGCCAAGAGGCACCCCUACGUCUACCUGCCAUUUGGAGAUGGCCCUCGCAUCUGCAUAGGGAUGCGGCUGGGCCAGCUGCAGUCCAAGGUGGGCCUGGCGAGCGUGCUGUCGCGCUUCAGCGUGCGCCCCACGGCCGCCACGCCGCGCCGGCUCGCCUUCAACGGGCGCGGCGUGCUGCUGCUGCCCACCACCGGCAUCCAGCUGCGCUUCGAGAAGAGGCGCUAGGCCGCCCGGGGCCGGCUGCCAGCGUAGUGUCCACAUCACAUAUACUUCACUUCAAAUGUAAUAUGGGCCGAAUUUUUGUUAAUAAAUGUUACAAGAAUCUCA